CUUACAUCUCGUGAUAUUUAUUUUCCUAAUGUGUUAAGAAUGUCUUGAUCAGUCAAAAACAGUUUCAGGUUUAGUGUUCCAGAGUAGUAGUUUACCAUGGUACCCAGGUUAAAUUUCCGCUUACCUCCAACCUUCUUUAUACCUAAACGACUAUUCGGUGGUACUCAGGAGAUGGCUUAUGCCGAAAAACGCCUCAUCGGGUUUUCACGAGAACAGAUGUUUGAUGUAGUUGCUGAUGUUGGAGAAUAUCGACAUUUCAUACCUUGGUGUCGACGUUCAGAAAUCCUCGAGGAGCACAAAAACGCACGGAUAGCAAAGCUUGAAAUCGGAUUUCCACCACUUCGAGAAAGCUAUCAAAGUCGAAUCAUACUUGUGCGGCCUACGGUUGUCCACUCGGCUGUAAUUGGUGAUUCGAUUUUCCAUAAAUUAGAGACGACGUUCCGCUUUGGAAGAGGACUUCCAGGUAACGAACACACAUGCACGCUUCACUACGAUCUAGUCUUCGAAUUCAAAUAUGCGUUGCACUCCACUCUUGCCCAUCUUUUCUUCCAUAAAGUGGUGAAAGCUAUGGUCGAUGCCUUUCUCAAAAGAGCGGAGGAUGUACACGGAAGACCGUCGACUCUUCAUGGUGAAGCGGAAGUUCUGCGGUUAAAACAUUAGGAACAUUAGGAAUAGGUGCUCCACCGAUCUCUGAGAAAUUUGCUCCCCACUUGUCCAAAUUGAUUAUAUUGAUUGACAUAUAUUUCUCGACCCCGUUGUGUCUGAACCG